CGAACUGCUGUCUAAAGCCAUGGAACUUCCUGAUGAUAGCGUGGCUAGUAAGAGUGACACGGACUGCCCGUCUGAAGAUGACGCAGUAAGUGCCAUCAUGAAUGUUAUCACACCGGCGGUUACUAUCCCAGUUACCCCGGAAGUAAAACCUACUAGGCGUUCGAAGCGUCUUAGUAAGCGAAAAGGUAACAAAACGGAAGCUGUAAACAGCAUCUCGGAACCAGAGAACACCGUAAGCGAAGUUCACCAUGAAGGUGGUGCAGACACUGAUUUUAAUUGUACCAUCAAAAACUGCAGCAGCCCUGAGAAGCAACUGCAGGCAGGCAGAUGAUAAGUGGGUAACAAAAAUAAGCAGUCGGAAGAAAUAUAGUAAUAUUGAUGGUAGGCAAACGUCUGUCACCUGUAGCCAGGCUGCAUCAAUAGUGGUGAGAAAGGACGUAGCCACUGUUAAAUACGACAAGCUCUCCUUAGACUCUAACAUAAUUGUUGGAAAUUUGGAAGAGUCUAAAGAAUCUGAUCCCGUGAAAAGGCACGAUCACGACCUUAAGUUAGUGAGUAGUAUUAUAAGGAAGAUUCUCCCAGCGAAUUUCCCUGGAGUAUCGAUUAAAAAGCUGAUUAGAAUAGGCAAAAGAGAUAAUGAAUGUUCUAGUCAGCGUAGACUGCUUAAAGUAGUCUUAGGUUCUCCUGAUGAACGGAAUCAUCUGCUGGCUAAUGUACACAACCUUGCCGGGUCAGGAAUUUCAGCCAGACCUGAUUUAUCUCUUGAAGACAGACUUAAACGAAAAGAAGUUUUGUCCCAGCUAGAUACAAGACGUAAAAAUGGUGAGACUAACCUUAAAUUGGUGGGUUUUCAAAUAGUCAGG